GGACUGGGAGUAUUUGCUGUGCAAGACCUUUGCGAAGGUCAAAGAUUGUGUGAGAUACCCAAGACGGCCGUCUUGUCAGUCCAGAACACAGGCAUAGCAGAUAUACUGGAGCAGCACAGGAUAAGAGGCGGCUUGGGCCUCAUCAUAGCCAUCAUGUACGAGCUGAGCAUUGGCAAGGAGUCUUUCUGGCAUGGAUAUCUCGAAGAACUCCACAAGCGAGAGUACCUCCCACUGUUCUGGGCUGAGCAGGAGAGGUCGCUCUUGCAAGGGACAGAGGCGGAGCACAGGCCGCAAGAGGAUGAAGAGCUUACGCAGGAGGAUUUUGAGACGCAUGUUCCUCCUCUGGUAGAGCAGCAUGCGGAUCGGCUGAGAGCAGAUUCUUUCACGCUUGAGAGCUUCAGAGUGGCAGCCUCCUGGGUUGCAUCCAGAGCCUUUGGAGUCGAUUCCUUCCAUGGAAUGUCCAUGGUGCCAUUGGCGGAUAUUUUCAAUCACAAGGCGGCCAUUGUACAGUUCUCUGAUGACUACGUCGUAGAACCCAACUGCUACGAACAAGAUAACUCCAGUGAGGACGGCAGUUCCCUUGCAUCAGGUCAGCCCUCAUUCAUACAGGCUCAGUGCUUUUUGUUUUUCCCCUCAGUUUUGUGCAUGACUGCGGAUGGAGAGGCUUCUGAAGAAGAAAAAGAAGAGGAGGAGCCUGAUGUGGACAUUAGUGAGCAGAAUGGGCAAGGGGAUGCAGAAGAAACACAAGGAGAGCAUGUGCGUGUGCAGAUCAUUGCGGCAUCUCCUGUGCCCAAGGGGCAGCAGGUACACAACACCUAUGGCGAGCUCGGCAACGCAGAGCUGGUGGUGAAGUACGGCUUUGCGCUGCGCCAGAAUCCCUUUGAAGCCGUGCUCCUGGACAAAAGGGCCCUAACAGAG